UUGCACAAGUGUGUGAAAUCGAGGCACAUGACGAUGAUGAUGAGUUGAGCAGACGAACAUCGCAACUCUCAGUCUUUGCGUGACCGGCUUAGCUAGAGCAGUCAGAUUGUGUGUUUUCGUUGGUCGGAACGUGGAAGGUUCUUGUUUUGCUCAAGUGUUCUACAGUUCUCUGGAGUCGUUAUCAAUCAGUGGGAACGUUCGAGUUUAAGUAGAUAAGAAAGCACUCGUUGAGUGAAAGCAAGACCUGUCGAGUUCUAUCAACUAUAAAAUCUUUGAAAGCAAUUUUCCGUAUCCCGUGAAAAAUUCACACUCUCUCCAACCAUGAACAACUGUCGCAUCCUGGUCGAUGUCGACUGCAGUCGCUUCGAGGACGAUGCCUUCUCGCUGUUGGACAAGUCCGCCGAGGUCAACGUGGUGCGUGACCUCAAGUCCUCCACGGUCGUCCCGCGGUUCGAUCAAACGAGCUUCCCGCACCUGAACACCUCCUCGCGAACCCAGCUCAAGCAGCAGUUGCUUCGGGAACAACUCAAAGCGUACGACAAGAGCCCCUCCCCGUCGCCGUCGGUCUUCUCGGUGAAGCUUCCGCUGGAGAACAUGGAUAUCGAUCUGCCCAAGAAGGUGCUCCAGGUUGAGACCCGGCUGGAGAACCCCACCCGGUACCACGUGAUCCAGAAGCAGAAGACCCAGGUCCGGGAGUACGUGACGGCCGCGCUCAAGAUGACCAAACCGCCGGUUCCCCGCGAGGCCAGCCACUCCCGGAUGAUGAUCCUGUCCAAGCUGUACGACUCGUUCAUCAACACGAAACCGUCCACUACUGCUGCUAGCAGUGCUUCCGGAAGUGCCACAGCAGCUCCCCCGGCUCCAGCUUCCGGAGCGUCAACGCCAUCCUCGGUCACCGAGCAGGAGUGGCGGCUCGAGAUGAAACUGUCGACCCGCUUCGGCAACAAGCUCUACUCGACCUUCAUCGAAGAGCUGCACUAUGUGCGGGAACUGCUCGGCAUGAUCCGGUUCGAGAUCCCCAAGUGGGUCUUCGUGGUGACGGAGUUCGAGAGCGAAAUCUCCUCCUUCCAGAACACGAAGGCCGCCGCCAUGGAGGAUCUGCUGAUCAAGCAGGCGCUGAGCAACGAGAAGAACUCCAAGCACGAGAAGUUUAUCGAGCCGGAAGUGCGCGAUCGGAUCAAGAAAGAUAACCAUAACUGCAGUAGGUAUUGGGGCGUCGUAGUGAGGGGGAUUGGGUAAGGUGGUCCCCCUUUCGGAACUCGAUGACUCGUUGGUGUUGAGCGGUGUAACGUAUAGCGAAGGUUGAACGAAAUAACUGCCCAUUUAAACGUGAAAUACUCUUGCACGUCAGGAUGAAAUCGACAUUUUAUAAUAAUUUAACCAAAUUGCAUUCCAAAUUUUGUUCAGUUUCUUUUGUCUCUUCCCUAUGGCAGCGCAAAUUCGUAGACUUUAGCUCUUUUUUAGGUUUGAAAAGCACCCUCGUCUCCCUUGGUUUCCUUGAGGUCAUCUUGCUGGUGAAGUUUGUCAGCUCCUGCCUGUUCGAAUGCAUGCUGAUGGUCCGUGUGGGCGUUACGGUGAAUAAACCUGUUGUUUAAAGUUAAAGUUCUAGUCCUUUUUGAUAGAAAUGUUUUUUUUUGAAUAUGUUAUAUGCUGUUUAGUAUUACUUUCAAGAUAAUAUUAAUAUUAUACACAAUUUUUGUA